AUGAGUUCGGUACCAGUCAGUGUCCUGCUCCUGGUGCUCCUGAGCCUGCCCGCUCUCCCCGAGGCCAAGCGCCAGCCCGGGCAACCCAAACCAGACAAACCCCGUCAGCCCCCGCCCUCCACAGCGCCCCCCACCAGACGAGCCCGGAACCGCUCUGUGCCCAGCUCUGGAGAACUUAGCACCAAGGACGGCCACCGCUGCAUCUGGCAAACAUCUGGAGAAGGUCUGGUGAGCCUCACGGUCAACUGCACUGUUGAGAACAAGGGAGAGCAUUACUACUGGUGCAGAUACGCUGGUAAACCCGACCUGUGCGAGGCUUAUGGGGUCAAGUCCAGCCAGUACUGGAAGCAGCUGGUGGGAAAACUGAAGAAGAGACAAAAUGCCUGUGAAGGAGAGAAGGUCCUGAAGGCCAAGACCUGCAAAAAGGCUCCAGCAGAAGCCCACAUGAAGCUGGCCCAGCACAGCACCGAGGAGGAGAGGAAGGGGAGGAAGAAGGGAGGGGCCACCAAGAGCUCAGAGCCGGGCAAAACAGAUCGGAGGAAGAAGAAGGAGGAGGGUGGGGUGGGCUCAGAGGAGGUGAAGAGCUCUGCUGAGAGGACUGAUCUUCACGAGGACGGCAUGCUCAGUGACAUGGCCCCGGUCCAGAGCUUCUGUGGCGAUGGCUGGCACUCCGUCUGCUCUUUCUUUGUCAGGUUCUUUGAAGGAUGA